CAAAAUUUGGUCUAAGGUUGUUGUGGCGAACGCCGAGGAUGUUGCGCAAAUGCGGAGCGCUGCUCGGCAGGCAGCUCUAUAGCUGCGCGCUCGAAACACUGCCUGCUAGCAAGGUUGCUGCAUCCUGUGCUGGCCCCUCCACCUCCGCCAGUGUCGGUCUUCAUGCGUUCAGGCCCUUCAGUCGGAGCGCUGUCAAUGGAGCGGCUGGGAACGAAAUUAUUGGGAUCGAUCUAGGCACCACAAACUCCUGUGUUGCAGUGAUGGAAGGCAAGGCGCCUAGAGUCAUUGAGAAUGCAGAGGGUCAGCGGACUACACCCUCAGUGGUGGCCUUCACUGACAAGGGGGAACGUCUUGUUGGGCUGCCAGCCAAGCGACAGGCCAUCACAAAUCCUGAAAACACAGUCUACGCUGUGAAGCGCUUGAUUGGCAGGAAAUUUGAUGACCCGCUGGUCCAGAAGGAGAUGAAGAUGGUGUCGUACAAGAUCGUCAAAGCAGACAAUGGAGACGCUUGGGUCGAGGCUGGAGGAAAGACGUAUUCCCCUAGCCAAAUCAGCGGUUUCAUCCUGGCAAAGAUGAAGGAGACAGCCGAAUCGUACCUUGGCAGGUCUGUGUCAGAGGCCGUCAUCACAGUGCCAGCUUACUUCAAUGACAGCCAGCGGCAAGCAACCAAGGAUGCUGGUCGCAUUGCUGGGCUGGAUGUGAAGCGCAUCAUCAAUGAACCCACUGCGGCGGCUCUCAGCUACGGCGCAGACAAGAAGGAGGGCAUGUUUGCGGUGUUUGACCUGGGCGGUGGCACCUUUGAUAUCUCCAUCUUGGAGAUGAGCGGCGGCGUGUUUGAGGUGAAGGCCACCAACGGUGACACCUUCCUGGGCGGCGAGGACUUUGACAACACUCUGCUGCAGUACCUGGUCAACGAAUUUAAGAAGGAGUCGGGCAUCGACCUGUCGAAGGACAAGCUGGCCAUCCAGCGGCUGCGGGAGGCGGCAGAGAAGGCCAAGUGCGAGCUGUCGUCCGCCACCCAGACCGAUAUCAACCUCCCCUUCAUCACCGCCGACGCCUCGGGCGCCAAGCACCUGAGCAUGACUAUCACUCGCGCCAAGUUUGAGUCGCUGGUGCACCCGCUCCUCGAGCGCACCAAGCCGCCCUGCCGCGACUGCAUGAAGGACGCUGGCGUGUCAGCAUCCGAGAUCAAGGAAGUGCUGCUGGUGGGAGGCAUGACGCGCAUGCCCAAGGUGGGCGAGAUUGUGAAGGAGGUGUUCCAGAAGGACCCUUCGCGCGGUGUCAAUCCGGACGAGGUGGUGGCGCUGGGCGCGGCUAUCCAGGGUGGUGUGCUGCGCGGGGACGUCAAGGACUUGCUGCUGCUGGAUGUGACACCGCUGUCGCUGGGCAUUGAGACGCUGGGCGGCGUCUUCACCCGCCUCAUCAACCGCAACACCACCAUCCCAACGAAGAAGGCCCAGGUCUUCAGCACCGCCGCUGACAACCAGACUCAGGUGGGCAUUAAGGUCCUGCAGGGCGAGCGUGAGAUGGCGGCAGACAACAAGAUGCUGGGUCAAUUUGAGCUAGAGGGUCUUCCGCCGGCACCGCGUGGUCUGCCACAGAUCGAGGUCACCUUUGACAUCGAUGCCAACGGCAUCGUCCAUGUGUCUGCCAAGGACAAGUCAACACAGAAGGAGCAAUCCAUCCGGAUUCAGAGCAGCGGCGGCCUGUCAGAGGACCAGAUCCAGCAGAUGGUCAGGGAUGCAGAAUCGCAUGCUUCGAAGGACAAGGAGAGGAAGGCACAGAUCGAGGCCAAGAACGAGGCUGAGACAUCAAUCUACAGUGCGGAGAAGAGCAUUGAGGAUUACAAGGACAAGGUCCCCCAGGCAGUCAUUGACGCUGUGAAUGCUGAGGUCGGCAAUGUUCGCGCUGUCUUGGAGAGCGGCUCAGCGGAGGACAUCAAGAGCAAGGUGUCUGAUCUUCAAAAGGCGCUCAUGAAGAUUGGUGAGAGCCUUGCACAGUCAAGCCAAGCAGAUUCAGGCAGCAGUGCUGGUGGCGGCGAAGGUGCCAGCGCCAGUGGGACCUACGAUGCAGAUGUCAAGGACGAGAAGAAGUGAUCAGUUGGUGAAUCACUUUCCUGAAUGCAUGAACUUCUUCGGUGUAUUCCAGGCAGUUGUUUCUGCUACCCCAUUUCUUAUGUGUUGAUGUUCUUCUUACGAACAAAGCCAAAAUGCAUAAGGCACAAAGCAAAUAGCGGGUGAUUCUGGCAAUGUGCCCUGUAAGAGGGAUCGUGGUGCUGUCUCUGCAGCUACAUGUAGAGUAGUGUAGAGGUACAUUGAUUUCAACAGUCCUAUAUGCAAUUGUGUGUGGUAAUACACGAAAGAUAUGUGUC